CUGCAGUGCACACAAGCGAUGCACUGAAAAAGCGUUCGCAAAGCACAACACAACACAUGGCGAAUUACUACCAAUCGGUGCGCCGGACACGAGUUCCCCACGAGCGGCGGCUGUGGUCCGUCCUGUGGACCCAAUACGCGCCGACGGCCUUCGAGCUCGACUUCACGGGCAAGAGUUGGGCGGAUCCGCCUCUCGUCGGUUGUCCGCACUUUGAGCCCAAAUGGAACCAAUUGGACGGCGCGGUCGACCGCCGCAGUCAUCACAGCCACUACGAGGUCAGAGACGGCUUUCCCAUUAACCCUUUGGGCAGAACUGGACUCCGACUGCGCGGACGUCUCGGCCGUUGGGGUCCGAACCACGCGGCCGACGCCAUCGUCGCGCGAUGGAAGCAAAGCGAAGGGCGAGCAGUGAUGGAGUGCGACAAACCUGUGCUUCAGUUUGUGGCCGUUCAGCGCCGAGAUUGCGGCCAAUGGGCGAUACCUGGCGGAAUGGUCGACGCGGGAGAGACGACAGACGCCGCGAUGCGACGCGAGUUCGCGGAGGAGGCGCUGGCCGGCCAGUCGGUGGCGGAGGCGACGCGCGUGAUGGGCGGGGAGGGCCGGGAGGUGUUCAGAGGGUGUGUAGCGGACGACCCGCGAAACACAGACAACGCGUGGAUGGAGACUGUGGUGAAGGUGUUUGUGGUGCGCGAGGAGGAGGCGGCGGGCAUCGCUCUGCGCGCGGGUGACGACGCCGUCGGCGUGCAGUGGUGUGACGUCAGUGACCGACUCGAGAUGUACGCCAAUCACAAGCAGUUUAUUGAGAUGACGGCCCGUCUAUUGGGCGCAUAUUUUUGAAUAAAGAGAACUAUUUUUUUCACGAAUA